ACCAGUGUAGACAAGUUGUCAUUGUGUACUAAACGUGGACGUGUUGUGUCUACAGCGUAUACGUCAACAAGGAACGGUAUACCAAGCAGUACUCUUUCCUGGAGGUCUCCGUUGUGUCACAGUGGCAUACGGAUACAGAAUACUAGCAGUACUCGUCCCUGGAGGUUCCCGUUGUGUCUUGAGCGCCAUACGAGGCAGUACUAAUUCCUACAGUGUUGAGCGUAACUAGGAGCAACGUGCAUCAUGAUUAUUGUGAUGAAACAAAGAUGUCCUGAUUGUGGUAAGACUUUCAAAAACUUAUCAAAUCACAACAUCUGUCAUAGUCGAGGUUCAGGGAAAUAUGCAGACCAACCUUCUAUGGUUCAGAGGCAAGUGUGCCCUGAUUGUGGCCGAGAUUAUGUGAACCUCGCAAAUCACAGAAUAUGUCACGGAAGAGGGUCCAGACACAGGCAGACGUCUGGUCCACAACAGUCUGCUUCAAGGUCACCCGUGUUGCCACAGAGUCGAAGUCAUUAUCCAGAUGAUACGUCUCCUCCACAACCACAACUCCCCAGUAGACAACGGAGUCAUCAGCAACGUCACCAUCACGACCUUGAAUCCCUGCUGUAUGGUCGUAUAUCGGACGCGUCUCAAAGAGAUGAAUCUGACACAAAUGCGGCAUCUACUGGUUCACCACGCAACAUUGUCCGGGAGCAUCGGAGUGGAUGUAUGGAGUUUGGAGCUUGCCGAAUUUCGGUCAACAGGGACGCCGUCUGGGAAAGCAGCAUGGCCUUCUUCAAGGAUGUUGCUGUAUCGAACAAGGCUAAACAGUUGAUGGUGGUAUUUACUGAUUCCGAGGGCAGGCAUGAGGAAGGCGUCGACACCGGGGGACCAAGGCGAGAGUGUCUACGGCUUCUGUUGCAGUCCAUGGUCUCCGAUAGCAAGAUGCUGCACGGGGACGAAAACCAAGGAUUUCUGAUUCGACCCAGCAUAUCUGCAUAUCGGGAGAAUCACUUCCGGGUCAUGGGUGUCAUGCUGGCCACUAUAAUUGCUCAAGGCGGACAAUCCCCCGCCAUAUUUGCCCCUCCCGUUGUUGAUGCAAUAUUGGAUAUCGAUCAGUCGCCAUCUGUGGAUUAUGUGCCGAACAGACGUAAGAGAGAAUCUUUGACAAAGGUGUCGGAGGCUAAAGACGCGACGGAGCUGGAGGAAGCGCUACAGGAGUGUGACUGGAGAGACGACCUAGAUGGCAUCCCCUCUUAUGUCACAAUGGCCAAUAGGGAUGAGUUUCUCAGUGGGUGUGUCCACCACUUUGUCAUACUACAGAGCAAACCAAUGGUAGACCAGCUGAUUCAAGGCCUGCGUCACUGCGGGAUAUUAGACCUCAUUAGAAGACACACGUUGCGAGAUUUGCUGGAGUAUAGAUCGGACGUUGAAGUCACUUCAGAAAGGGUGAUGGAUCUGUUCAAACCAGUCCCCAGUUACCAUGGAGACGAACAUGCCAUCUUUAACAACCUGCACCGAUUCCUGCAGGCAGCUGAAGAGGGCCGCUUGUGUGACGUCCUCGGGGAGGGCCGAUGUUUGACCCGCAACCAGACCGAGUUCGCACGGAGGAUGACUCCAGGUAGACUGCUGACGUUUGUGACCGGAUGUAGUAGAGAGCCAGCUGGCGGGUUCACGCCCCGACCCAGCAUUGUGUUUAACUACAGUGCCACCUGGCGGCUGCCAUCAGCCUCCACGUGCAGUAACCAGAUCCAGCUCACAGUGCACCCCGACUUGCUGGAGUUCCAAAGCUUUUGUCAUACGAUGAUGACGUCAAUGAUGAAUGGAGAGACCUUUAGCACUGCCUGAGUUACGUGUAGUCAUCAUGUAUCUUCUAAUGGAAGAUAAGAGGAUAACAAGAAGUAACUCAUGUGAUAGAUUCCGGAUUCAGCAGAAGUAUAGAGUAUCCUCAACUUUGUACUCCACUAUCAAACACGACACACCUAAGAUUUCACUCCUUGUACCAUGGACCUUUUUCACUCAACGUGGUGACCAUGGAUAUAGUUACAUCUCUGUCGUCUCUGUUCGGGACCUCUUGUCAAAACUGAAAGCGAAUUGCAGCAGAAACAAAUAUGUGAACUUCAUCAUUGAUAACAUCUAUGUGAAGUUUGGGGAUAAAACAUUUAGGUCUGAGUUAGGCUUCCCCAUGGACAGUAAUCUCCCCACCGUAUGCUGAUCUGUUUCUUUAUGCAUACGAACCGGAAGUUCUCCUCGGAUUGACGAAAUGAAAACAAGUGAAUUUAGUCAAGAAGUAAACCUUAAACUUCAGGAUAUCGAUGAUCUGAUAUCGUUCAAUAAUGGUCAAAUAGCAAAUUCCCUUCCACUGAUUUACCAACUAGAAAUAAGGGAGACCAGUGAGACCGCACUGUAUCAAAUUUAGUAUAACGAUUCAGAGUGAAAUCUUUUCACAAGACUGUAUGACAAGUAAGAUGACUUCAGUGUUCCAAAAGUCAACAAUGUCGAGCAACACUCCAGCAGCACAGGUCUUUGGUGUCUACUUUAGUCAAUUAUUGAGAUACAGUCGAACAUGUUGCUUCUGUAACAGUGCUAAAAUUUCUAUAUUUUAUUCAACUUUUUGUGAAAUUCGCCUUCAAUUCAUAAAUUGUCAGUUAACCAUUUAAGACCUGUCGGUACAUACUAGCGAUUCAAAAUUGUAAAACAACAUCUGGCACUUAAGAUUUACGCCGCCACAAUCAGGUCGGUGGGCGAAACUUUAAUUACAUGUUGAAUAACAACUGGUAGUGGUCAGCGCAUUUUGGCACUUACCAGUGUACCGUUAUCAGCUAUUUAGCGGCAACUGACCAAACUAGAAAAUUGAAAACGCGAAACCAAACACAAGCUGAGUGAUUCUAUCGGCAUUUAUAAUCUUCUAUUACUCAACUUUCCAAACUGACCGUCUGCUUUGGCUAUUAACAGACCAAAACCAUCAUACAAAAUUGUAUAACAUGUCCAGUCUUUAUUAGUCCAAAGUCUCAAAUUUCAAACUGGACAUGCACGUGUAGACUUGCCUUCAGAUUAACGAAGGAGGUCUCAGGUAUAAAUAUAGGGGGAAAUCGACUGUUUGUCAUUCCUGCUUUGCCUGAGAACCUCUCUCUGUUUGUCUUUGAAGGUAAGUCACUUUUACUUGUUACUUUGCCAUUUAGGUUAAACUUUGCUUAAAAUUGUCUUUAAUUUUGUAUGAAUAUCUUGCUUGAACAAUGAACUUAUAUUCUAUGUAUUCGAAAUGCCGUUCGAAUCUAAGCUGCAUAUUAUUCAAGUAUUACCAACACAAAUUAACUACAGUAAUUUAUAUGCGUGCGUCUCAUGUAGAAAUAUUACUAUUUCACAAUCAGCGCUCGUAUCCCACAUGUUUAUUUAUUGGUUUAAAACUACUAGGCCAAUUAUUAUUAAUCACAGGUGUCGUGAAUGCUUUAUAAUUAUCAUGUUUCAAUGUUAAAAGUUUGCAUUAUAAUAAUGUAUGAAUUAUUUGUCCGUGUAUCGGUAGGACCAGUAUUCAUAUGUACGUCGUGUUAUUUACCUUAUUGUAUGUUGUAUCGUUAGUAGAGUGGUUUUAUAAUGCAACAACGUUAAAUGCGUCAAUAUGCAUUAACAUGAUCGAGUUACUCGAUAUAAUUUACGUUAUGUAUAUUUAUUUGCGUUCUUAUGCCUGAUAAAUACGGUUCAAGAAUAUAACUUAUGUCCGAUGUUCAUGCAUCAAAUAUAUUCUUUAUAUACAAAACCAAAUCAGUGCAAGUACAGCAAAGUAUAUUAUUCUUAUCUGUAGCCCAAAGUAUAUUUCUUAUUAGGUAACUACUUUGUGAGGGCAUAUCACUAGACUACAAUACUUGAACGUAGCUUUUUGAUCUAGAUAAAUGCACGCAAAUUAAGCAAUGCCUAAUACAUUUAUGUUUUCCAAAUUAUACAUAUUAUUUCCAUUCGGUAAGAUGAAUUGACGCUGUAUAGAAUAUCUCAGAUACUAUACUUUUAGCAUAAUUUGGACGCUACAGAUAACGUAGUAGUUUUAUGUUGUAGAAUAGUUAUAAUGAAACAGGCUUUCCUAUAGCAGUGUUUAUAUCCAUUUCUAAAUUACAGUUCACAAGCAAUUUCUCUGUUUGGCGAAAUCUCAAAUAAGGUCCAUAAACAUUCACAAUAGAAUAUACGUUCACUUAUAAUCAGUUUUAAUUCAUACAUAUUUCAAGUUUCAAGUACAGUAUUCAUUCAUGUGUGAUUUGUAUAAGCAUGCCCGCAUAGCGCGGCAUGCACAGGCGGCACCGCUCAUUGUUAUAUAACGGCGCACUCACCAGCGCUUGGCACCAGCGCUUGGCACCAGCGCUUGGCAGCAUCCUCCUCCUCCUCCUCAUCAUCAUCACCACCAUCAAUCUCAUCUUCCUCUGCUGAAGCUGAUUGGAGUGAAAUGGCAGCUCCACAUGUCAAACUCCGGCCGUUCACUGGGCAAGAAGAGGCAACGUCCUAGUGGCAGGAUUUUCAAGAUUUUGUUGCAUUGUUCAAUUACAAUGCUGACAAACAAUGUCGCCUAUUUCCAUUCUAUUUAGAAGCAGCGGCCAAGGUCUUGCACCAGGACUUGGCUGAAGAAACAAAGAGGGACGCCAAACUGCUGGAAGCAGCCUUCAAAUCAAGGCUUGGGAAGCCAAAGGCUUUCGACGUGAGCCUUUUGCAGAUGGCACAGACUUCAGAUGAGACAAUUCCUGGUUUCAUCUGCAGAGUCGAGAAGGCCACCCGCAACCAGGACCUCCCACCUUCAGUCAUCAUGGCAGUGGCUGUCAAUGGACUUCGACAAUGGGUUGUCAACAAAGAACCCACUACCUUGGAAGAAGUCCGACACCAUGCUGUGCUGGCUGAGAAGUCUCAGACAGGGUCCAAGGCAUCAGAUGUCAACAUGGCGGCCAAGGUAGAGCAACUGUCUGAUUUAGUUGCAACUCUGAUAACUAAAUCGGAAGCCCCAACCGUUGAAGUUGCAGCUGUGCCAGCAGCCAGGCAUCAGCAACAACACAAUCAACAACAACAACAACAGCAACAACGAUUCCAGUCGUUACCAGGGCAACAUCACCCUCAACAACAACUUUCACAAAGAUGAAGCCAUUUUUCAAGUCAGCAGCCCUUGUUGCCACCAUCCUACCCACAACAAGGCUACCAACGGCAGUACCGGAACAACUUCUACCAGAGGCGUCCUUCCUACCAGCAACAUGGCUACCAACAGCAACCACAGAACAAUUACUACCAGAGUCAGCAGCAGAGGUGCCGGGGAUGUGGUAUGUACUGUUCAGAUCGAUUUUCCUGCCCACACUUUAAUACUAUAUGUACAUAUUGCAACAUAGUAGGACACGACUCCAAAGUUCGCAUGAGGGCACAUCAUUCACAGAAUGGAGGUCCUAGACAAUGAGGACUCGCGCCUGAUUCUCAGACCUCUGAGGUCAGGCACAAGAAACCAUUGGUCUCACUUGUGGCUCCCUUGCUAAAGAACACUGUUCUGGUCAGGGUGAAGCAAGCGAAGAAAUCAGCACUUGUUGACACAGGAGCUAGUGUAUCCUGUGUGAACAUGAGCUUCCUACAGAGGGUAGGUUAUACCAAUCAAAAUCUGCACUUGUCGGAUCUGUCUGAAAUAGUUGGCGUAGGCGGUGAAAGACACAAAGUGCUAGGCUCCAUUACCUUAGAAAUCACAAUUGGUCAUCUCACCUUUUCUCAGCCCUGCUACGUUUUUGAAAAACAUCAUCAUUCCCUUAUCUUAGGCAUGGACUUUCUUGAACCAAACAAAGCCCUUGUUUCCUUAGCAGACAAAAUUCUUAUCAUUCAAGAAGGUCUUGUCUCAGUACCAUUGAUAGAAACUAGUGCAGGCUAUGCUAGAUGUAAGGAGCCAGUUGUCAUUCCACCUCAUUGUCAAGUUGACAUUCCUGUCCAUAUUUCCCGUUGUAGGCCAGGCACAGUUCUCCUUUUAGAACCAGUUCCCGAACUCUCUAGAACUAACAUUCAAGGUGGUAGAUGUCUGGUCACCAAUUCCAAAAAGGCAGUUUAUAUGCGGUUGCUAAAUCCUAGCGACUUAAAAAUUAAUUUGAAUACACAACGUAUACUUGCCAUUGCAUCAGAAGUUGAUCCUUUAAGUGUCUCUAUUCUCCUGGAUAAACCCGACUCUGACACAAGGUCACCUCAGGGCAGCUUUAGGUCACCCCAGGUCAAUGUGUCUACAGUCUCUCAGGGCAGAAACAGGGCACCCAACUCAAAUGAUAGGUCACCUCAGGAACACUUUAGGUCAUCCACACAUACUCCCAGGUCACACGAAGACAACUUUCAAUCCCCUCCCUGCACACAAACACCGCCUCCUGACCUCAAAUUUGAUCUUUGAGAAUCAGACCUCACAUUUGACCAAAAACAACAACUCCUUACCUUUCUCAAAUCACAACAUUCUGCCUUUGCUCAAAACUGGCCUGAGUUAGGUAAGACACAUCUAUACAAACAUAAAAUAGAGACAGGUGAUGCUAGACCAGUUAGGCUUCCCUUUUACAGACAAAGUGCUGAGGUUAGGAAAGUAUGUUCACGCCAAAUUAAAGAAAUGCUAGAUGCCAAAAUCAUUCGACCCAGUUCUUCUGAAUGGCACUCUCCUGUAGUAAUGGUAAAAAAGAGAGACAACACCUAUCGUUUUGCUGUAGAUUACAGCGUCUUAAGCUGUCACAAAACCUAUAUUUUUUCCCCUAAUUCGGUUUGAAGAUGUUAUUGAUGCUGUUGGUGAAAGUCAUGCUAAAGUCUUUAGUGUCCUUGGUUGUGCUAGUGGGUUUUGGCAGAUUCCACUGCAUGCAGCUACAAAACAUAAAUCAGCGUUCAUUACGCCCGAUGGUGUUUUUGAAGGGAAUCGUCUCCCUUUUGGCUUGAAAAACGCUCCAAUGGCCUUCCCAAAACACUAUUUCUGAAGCCCUAAAAGAGAUGAAUUGGAAAUAUAUCCUAAUACAUGUUGACGAUAUUAUCGUCUUUUUUAAAUCAUUUUCCGAACAUUUAACACAUUUGAAAUGCGUUUUCGAAAAGAUCAAACAAGCAGGCUUGACCCUCAAACCCAGCAAAUGCAAGUUUGCAGCAAAACAAGUUCAGUAUCUAGGGCACAUCUUCAACAAAAAUGGCAUUGAAGUGGACAAAUCUAAAAUAGAAGCAGUCAUGCAAAUUCCCCAACCAAAGAAUGUCCAUGAUGUUCGCCACUUUCUCGGUCUUUGCAGCUAUUACAGGAAAUUUGUUCCAAAUUUCUCAGGCAUAGCAUCACCUCUCUAUGAAACUCUAAAGAAAGAUGUACUUUACUACACUAAAACAAGCUUUAACAUCUGCUCCAGUCCUUGCAUAUCCAGACCCUACAAAACCUUUUAUUCUCACAACAGAUGCUUCACAAACAUCACUAGGCUAUAUUCUAGGUCAGAAAGGCUCAGAUGGUAAAGAGCAUGUCAUCUGUCAUGGCGGCAGGUCACUUCAUUCCACAGAAAGAAAUUGGGGUGUUACACAACUAGAAUGUUUGGCAGUUGUAGAAGGGAUCAAGGUAUUUAGAGUGUAUUUGGCUGGGAACAAAUUCCAAGUUUACACAGACCACAAAGCUCUCACAUGGCUAAAAAGUGUUAAACAUGAAACUGGUCGUGUUGGACGAUAGUCUAUUAUGCUCCAAGAUUAUGAUUUCGAAAUUGUGCACAAACCUGGGAAAGCCAAUACAAAUGCAGAUGCAUUAUCUCGAACUAAAUACCCUGAACCUAAAACUGCACCAGUUACAGAUGACAUACCUUCACCACCCUUACCAUCUCGACAGACAUAUGCACAAGUAGUUGCAUGUCCUGCCCCUCCUAUAAACAAAACUAUACCCAUCCCAAACUCCUCCUCCAUGUCAACCUCCAGAGAGACUUAUCAGGAUAUGUAUAGCAACAGGCCUCUGACCUCCCAAGUCACAUCCACAUUAUCCCCUCUACCAUCUGACCCCUCAUCUGAUUCAGACCUGUCCUCAGACCCUCCAGUUCCAUUAGCUGUUGAUUUCUACUAUGCUAACGAAACUGUGGCAUCUGGUCCCACUGUAAUGUUUGCAGGCUAUGACAUUGAUGAUGAGCACUUUGAUGAACAGCAAUACAAUUCUCCAGACCUACGACCAAUCAUUGACUACCUUUCAAAUGGUGAAAUUCCUCCCAGUUACACUGAUGCCCAAGUCAAAGGUCUUGUUGGUCGUUCACAUAAAUAUGUCAUUAAAGACAACAUCAUCUAUCAUUUGUAUCAGCCCAAAUUUAGGGGUUCAAAGACCCACAGACCUCCACAAAUCACUCAAGUUGUUGUCCCCCUUAGCAAACAUAAGGACCUGCUUUAUGCUUAUCAUGAUUCCAAAGUAGGUGGCUGUCAUCUUGGUAGAGAUUCCACUUUUCAGGCUCUCAUUUCCAAAUAUCACUGGCCUGGCAUGUACCAAGACAUUGAAAACUACAUUAAGUCCUGUGAAGUGUGUCAGAAGAUUAAGUCCCAGUCCCAUGGUAGACAUGCUCCUCUGGUUCCAAUGCCAAUUGGAGAUACAUUCUCUCGUCUCCACAUAGACAUCUUAGGUCCACUGCCUGAAACUAAAGAUGGUUUCAAAUAUGUUCUACUUGUAGUUGAUUCCUUUACUCGUUGGACUGAAGGCUUUGCAAUAAAAACUCAGGAUGCCACUGAGGUUGCUAAUGUUCUCUUUAAUCAGGUCAUUACUCGCUUUGGUGGCCCAAAAACCCUUCUUUCCGACAGAGGUCGUCAGUUCACUUCAAAGCUUGUCAAUGCUCUUUGUGAACUACUUGAAAUUAAGCAUCAUCUGACCUCCUCAUAUCACCCCGAGACAAAUGGCAUGUGUGAGAGACGCAACAGAACUAUUGAACAAGCCCUUAGAGCUUAUUGUCCUCAAGAUCAGUCCAACUGGGCAGACCUCAUUCCAUGUGUAAUGAUGGCAAUGUGAAGCACACCAUGUGCCUCUACAGGGUACACACCAUUUUACCUCAUCUUUGGCACAAAGAUGCAUCUCCCCAUUGACACUGCCCUUCUUCCCAAACCAACUCUUGGCAAAACUGCAGAAAGUCAUCUUAAAUCUCUUCUUGAGAAUCUAAAGAUAGCAAAAGCAAUUGCCAAAGAUAACAUGGAAAUUUCUCAGGAUGUCAACAAAGAACGCACGGACCUCAAAGUAAAAGAACCAUCAUAUGCUGUAGGUGAUCUUGUAUUAUUGCAGAAUUCACAUGUUCUCCCAGGCCAGUCCCCAAAACUUGCCGUGAAAUGGUUAGGUCCCUACACUAUCCUAGAAUUAGGUCCAAAUCACACAUACAAAAUUCAAAACACAGAAACGAACAAACCACACAAAGCCUUCAUCCAUGCAAACAGAUUGAAACCUCACAUUGCCCGCACACAUCCCAACAAUAGACUCCCAGAUCAUGUCCAAAACCCGAGAUGUCAAACUCCAGUUCCAAGCAAUGAUGUUGAGGCACAUCCUGACACACAGAUGGUCCAGUCACAGCCAUAUAUAUCUGAUCAAAGCAGGACACCAUCUACAUCUCAGUCAGGUACCGGCUUCUCACAGCAGCCAGACACCACAUCUCAAGAUGACCAAACAUAUCCUGUUGACAAGAUUCUCGAAUGCAAAGUUGUCAAUGGCACCAAACACUAUCACAUUAAAUGGUUAGGUUACUCCGAAACCACAUGGGAACCAUCCUGCAAUCUCAGUCGGGACCUAAUCCAACACUUCCAUACAUCUAGAACCAUGUCCGGAAAAAGGCGCAAAAAUGGGCGAAAAUACUUUAAAUAAUACACCAAGGUUUCAUCAGCUCCCACCUAUCUUUGAGAAGUUUCUAACUGUUGCCUUAGAUGAUGAAUGACCACCCCUUCUUACAGUUACGUCGUUUCUGUGUCUCAAUAGUGCUAGGUUGUUCAGAUGUUGCUGGCCAGAACAUCAUGCUCAACCAGGUCAUCUCAUCUAAUGGUCCCAUGUUCUCUUUCGUUUCUCAAAGGUUCAUCAUGGAGUCUGAUUAUCCUGUGGCUGCUCUCGUUUAGCGCCCCUUCUGUCCUCGCUUCCGGUCCAGUUCAAUGUCUUAAUUAUAGGGUUGUGUUUCAACCAUCAUCUCAAAUCAAUUUUGAUACCGAUUACUGGAUACACGCAUACGAGGUGUAGCUUCCACAUGUACCAGGCAUCCCAACCAUGAGUGGAUGUCUUCACAGUAACAGAACCUGUGUCCUACUUCACCAAAUUCAAAUGCAUCUAAAUGUAAUUAAAACUAGAUGCGUUGCCCAGCUAAAUGAAACUAGACAACAAAUUAUUAAGCUAAUUCCAGCAUCAAAAAUACCUUCAUCAUCUAGAUCUAAACGCGCUAUUCUUAGUUUUGUCGGGUCUCUCUCUAAAACAUUGUUUGGUACUGCUACUACCAGUGAUGUAAACCUUCUCGCCAAACAUAUUAAUGCUCUCACAAGACAUGAUAUAAACCUUGCAAACACCAUCCAACAACACUCUGCCCAUCUCUCCUCCUUUAUGAAGCUUGUCGACUCUAGAUUUAAGAAUGCACUUAAAGGUGUCAAAGCUAAUCAUGAUGCAAUUACAUUUACAGCUAUUGCUAUGGAAAACAAUGUCAAAACAAUCCAGUCUACAUUUACUGCUCUUACCGGCCUUUCGAUUGAUCAAAUCCAACAUGCUUCCAUUAUAGAACACCAGUUGGAAGAACUAAAGUUAGGAAUCUUAGACUUAGCCAAAAAUAAGUUAUCACCAUUGCUGGUAGCACCAGAAAUUUUAGAACAAACAAUUCAUCACCUGUCCGCAGUUUUAUCUAAUAAAUAUCCCUACAUAUUAUUAUUCCCAUGCUAAAUUUAUCUUUGUCCGUACUAAGUCCCAUAUCUAUAUCUCAGUUAAAUUUCCACUCUCUUCAUUGGCUAAACCCCUUUAAAUGUAUAAAGUUAUCUCUUUACCUUUGCCAAUCAAUAGCACUUCACCACAUUCUACCCAAUUGUUAGACACUCCUACCUAUUUUGCGUUGUCUGUUGAUUCCCAGCACCAUAUCAAUAUUGAUAGCUCAAUGCUUGCCCUCUGUACAGGUGAUGAAUCUCAUUUGCUAUGUCCAGUUAGGCUUUCUCUCAAUUCCAUUACUAAAUCUUCUUGUCUUUUGGCACUCUUUCAAAACAAUAAACAGCAAGUUAAGGCACUUUGUAACUUCCGCUAUGUAACCAGACCUCAACCGCCUACACUCAUCUCUGUGGGUUCUUCAAAUGUUUUUGUCUACAGAGUUCCAUUCCUGACCCUUACUUGUCCUGGCACUCACCGUAUGAUUCCUGGUUGUCAAUUUUGUCUUAUUGCAACUCCCUGCUAUUGCUCUCUCUCAACUGAAGAUAUAUUUUACCCAGCCUCCUUCAGUUCUUGUCAUUAUUCCACCUCCCACAUCACCCAUCUCCAUCCUGUCAAUCUAGCCUUACUACAACAUUUCUUUGAUGGACUCUGCCCUCUCCAGUAUAGCUGGGGAUACCAAUUUUAGAAAAUGAAUUAAUUAAUAUUAAUAUUUUCCCAUGCCAUUUCCAAUGUUUUGGCUGAUGACAAUCAAGCCCACCUCAGUUUAAAACGUGUUGCAGAGAGUGCUAAAAAGGAUCAAACAAUCUUUCAAACAAUUGCUGAGCCACUGCUUGAUGGUCAAAUCAGUCUUCCUCCAAGUUCCUGGCUUGAUACGAAUGCUAUUCUAGCCUUAAGCACCUCAAUUGCAUCAGCUGUGUCUAUAAUUUUGGUUGUUUGGAUGUUUUUCAAAAUUCGAACUCUAUCUGCAGCACUCAUGUUAGUCACUCGCGUUGUCCCCACUAAAGCAGUGCAACCACCAGCUCUUAAUUAUAAUGAUCAUGCCACUGCUAGUACUCCACCCACGGACUUUGUCAUCACAGAUCUUGCUGACUACCAUGUCUCAAUCCUUCUCGGUUUUAUCACACUUUUAAUUGCCUCCAUCUUGCUUAUACUCAUCCUUCAAAAUGGCCUUGUUUUAGAACUUACUACCGGUCCUGAAUGCGUCACUGUCCCUUUUUUGUCUUUGAUUCUGUGCCCUGCCUACUGGGACAUCCAGGCCCCAUGUACAGUAGACAACCUUUGUGUUUCAGGAUACAUCUUUCCCACUCAGUUGAUUGGACAGGCUUCAUAGUAACAAAUAAACUUACUAGCACAUCCCUUACCGUUCCCUCAACCAUUCAAAUAUCAUUCUUUACAGCUCAAAAGCUGCAGCGACUCUUUAAACAGCCAUUCACUGCCUAUGUCCAUCUAGUUCACAAUGGAUAUUAUAAGGUAGUGGACCCGACAUCACUUCUACCUCAAUUUUAGUUGUUGCAAUAUGUAUUUCUAUAUUUAUUGAAUGUACAUAUUAGAUUUGGGCAUUCUGAACAGUACGUAUCAUUGUUGUCAUGUUCUUGGAUGUGAUCAUAUCUUAUGUUUGUACACUUAGACUUUAAUAACCAUUAUUUUACCUGAUGUUGCUUCAAGCUUUUGAGGUCAAAAGCUCCACGACGUCCAGGGAUAUUGUAACAGUGCUAAAAUUUCUAUAUUUUAUUCAACUUUUUUGUGAAAUUCGCCUUCAAUUCAUAAAAUACAAAAUUGUAUAACAACAUCUGGCACUUAAGAUUUACGCCGCCGCAAUCAGGUUGGUGGGCGAAACUUUAAUUACAUGUUGAAUAACAACUGGUAGUGGUCAGCGCUUUUGGCACUUACCAGUGUACCGUUAUCAGCUAUUUAGCGGCAACUGACCAAACUAGAAAAUUGAAAACGCGAAACCAAACACAAGCUGAGUGAUUCUAUCGGCAUUUAUAAUCUUCUAUUACUCAACUUUCCAAACUGACCGUCUGCUUUGGCUAUUAACAGACCAAAACCAUCAUACAAAAUUGUAUAACAUGUCCAGUCUUUAUUAGUCCAAAGUCUCAAAUUUCAAACUGGACAUGCACGUGUAGACUUGCCUUCAGAUUAACAAAGGAGGUCUCAGGUAUAAAUAUAGGGGGAAAUCGACUGUUAGUCAUUCCUGCUUUGCCUGAGAACCUCUCUCUGUUUGUCUUUGAAGGUAAGUCACUUUUACUUGUUACUUUGCCAUUUAGGUUAAACUUUGCUUAAAAUUGUCUUUAAUUUUGUAUGAUUAUCUUGCUUGAACAAUGAACUUAUAUUCUAUGUAUUCGAAAUGCCGUUCGAAUCUAAGCUGCAUAUUAUUCAAGUAUUACCGACACAAAUUAACUACAGUAAUUUAUAUGAGUGCGUCUCAUGUAGAAAUAUUACUAUUUCACAAUCAGCGCUCGUAUCCCACAUGUUUAUUUAUUGGUUUAAAACUACUAGGCAAAUGAUUAUUAAUCACAGGUGUCGUGGAUGCUUUAUAAUUAUCAUGUUUCAAUGUUAAAAGUUUGCAUUAUAUAAUGUAUGAAUUAUUUGUCUGUGUAUCGGUAGGAUCAGUAUUCAUAUGUAUGUCGUGUUAUUUACCUUAUUGUAUGUUGUAUCGUUAGUAGAGUGGUUUUAUAAUGCAACAACGUUAAAUGCGUCAAUAUGCAUUAACAUGAUCCAGUUACUCGAUAUAAUUUACGUUAUGUAUAUUUAUUUGCGUUUUUAUGCCUGAUAAAUACGGUUCAAGAAUAUGACUUAUGUCCGAUGUUCAUGCAUCAAAUAUAUUCUUUAUAUACAAAACCAAAUCAGUGCAAGUACAGCAAAGUAUAUUAUUCUUACCUGUUGCCCAAAGUAUAUUUCUUAUUAGGUAACUACUUUGUGAGGGCAUAUCACUAGACUACAAUACUUGAACGUAGCUUUUUGUUCUAGAUAAAUGCACGCAAAUUAAGCAAUGCCUAAUACAUUUAUGUUUUCCAAAUUAUGCAUAUUAUUUCCAUUCGGUAAGAUGAAUUGACGAUGUAUAGAAUAUCUCAGAUACUAUACUUUUAGCAUAAUUUGGACGCUACAGAUAACGUAGUAGUUUUAUGUUGUAGAAUAGUUAUAAUGAAACAGGCUUUCCUAUAGCAGUGUUUAUAUCCAUAUCUAAAUUACAGUUCACAAGCAAUUUCUCUGUUUGGCAAAAUCUCAAAUAAGGUUCAUAAACAUUCACAAUAGAAUAUACGUUCACUAAUAAUCAGUUUUAAUUCAUACAUAUUUCAAGUUUCAAGUACGGUAUUCAUUCAUGUGUGAUUUGUAUAAGCUCGGCCCGCAUGGCGCGGCAUGCACAGGCGGCACCGGGGCGGUCGGGUAGCCUAGUGGUUAAAGUGUUCGCUCGUCACGCUGAAGACCCGGGUUCGAUUCCCGACAUGGGUACAAUGUGUGAAGCCCAUUUCCGGUGUCCCCCGCCGUGAUAUUGCUGGAAUAUUGCUAAAAGCGGCGUAAAACCAUACUCACUCACUCACUCACAGGCGGGACCGCUCAUUGUUAUAUAACGGCGCAAUCACCAGCGCUUGGCAGUGACGUCACGUACCGUAUUUAACCAUUUUGCGCAUAGCUGUUAUCUGAAUUUAGUAUAGUGUAUUCAGUCAUUUAAUGCAGGUCCCAUUAUUAUUUACCGUAUUAAAUCUUGUAUUCGCUAUUUAACUCUGAAACAUCUCAAUCAACUAUAGUUCAUGGCGUCACAUGUACCGUAUUUAACGUAAAAUAAGUUAUUAGACAUGUCAUUGUUCAUUCAAGAAAGGUGUUGUUAUAAUCUUUCAUAUGAAUGCUUUUUGUAAACUUUGUUCAGAUGUUAUUUAUGAGUACCUUAAAUACAUAUCAAACAUUAUGAGUAAUUAUCAAUGAGUAAUUUAAUGUGAAUUGAUUAUAAUGUCUACAUUAUAUCAAAUGUUCACUGCUAUGAUAUAAAUGAAUAUCCAAUGAGUUGAGCUUACACUUUACACUUUGUUAUUAUUUUACAAAUGGUAUUUUAAUUAUAAAUGUGUUACGUAAUCUUAUGCAAUGUUAUAUUAAGCUGUUACUUAAAUAGGUACUGAGACGUCUCUGAAGUUAAUGCAUUGUUCUCAAAGUGAAAGCACAUAACAAGCAAUUGUUUAUUAACUCAUGCCUAUUAUAUAACACAGAAUAUCUUGACAGUUUUUGUAUCACUGCUUAAUUAUUUGUCUGAUUAUGUCUUUGUGUUUGAUGAUGAAGGAGAUUGUCAGAUUAUGUCUAUAUGCUUGAUGAUGAUGAAAACAUUCAAUAAAGAAUUCCUGCUUUGCCUGAGAA